CCAACACUCACUCCAUCUUCGCCAUCAGCAGAACUCACAGCGUCGCUUUCGCAGGUAUCCCUUACCACUAAAACGAGAACAUUCGCUUCAGCAUUCUGAUCGAGCGUGUGAAUAAAAUGAUCGUGCUGCUUCCACAAUCGUAGUGGACCAUCUCUUUUGCAUCCGGAGCCCAAGCACCUCCCCGCCGACUGCACGUCAAGAGCUCAGGUCCAACCCACAGCAGACGAAGGCCUUCCUUGCUCCUCCAACCUGAAAUACUGUGGUAAACCCAGCUUGUAAUUGCGCGAGGAGAUACGAUGAGCGAUCUCGAUAGGGCGAUCGCCCAACUCCGCGCCUGUCGCUUAAUUCCCGAAGCUCAAGUCCGCGAACUCUGCUACAAAGCGCGCGAACUGUUAAUAGAAGAAGGAAACGUGGUUUGCGUAGAUGCGCCGGUUACGAUAUGCGGGGAUAUUCAUGGCCAAUUCCAUGAUCUGAUGGAGCUCUUCCGCGUGGGCGGGGAUGUUCCUGACACAAACUACCUUUUCAUGGGCGACUUUGUUGACCGCGGAUUCUAUUCUCUCGAGUCGUUCCUUUUACUUCUCUGUUUGAAAGUUCGCUACCCUGACCGCAUAACCCUUAUCCGAGGCAAUCAUGAGUCCCGACAGAUUACCACCGUCUACGGAUUUUAUGACGAGUGCAUUCGCAAAUACGGAAGCGCCAAUGUCUGGCGGUACUGCUGUGAAGUCUUCGACUACCUCGCGCUGGGUGCUCUAGUUCUCGGGGCAAGUGCGGAGCUGGAGCCGUCCGGGCCAUCUUACAACGACACGACACAAUCGACCAUGUCGACAACCGAUGACCGUGAACUUGAGACCGAGGUGUUGAAUUCCAAGGGGGACGUCACUAUGAGUACAUAUAGGCCGCGGCAGGGAAGCUUCUUGGACAAUGGCGCAACUUCACCUACAAGGGAUCCGGCACCCCUACGAACCGGCGCUCCUGGGACAGGUGCAUCCAGCAGCGGGGCAGGCAGCUAUAGCAGCCGGACAGGGGCAGUUCUCUGCGUCCACGGUGGCCUCUCACCUCUCAUUGACACAGUCGACAAAAUCCGCCUCAUCGACAGGAAACAAGAAGUCCCCCACGAAGGCGCCAUGUGCGACCUUCUCUGGUCAGACCCGGACGAAAUCGACGGAUGGGGCCUCAGCCCGCGUGGUGCCGGUUUCCUAUUCGGCGCCGACAUCGUAAAACAAUUUAAUUACAAGAACGACCUAUCCUUGAUUGCCCGUGCUCAUCAGCUUGUCAUGGAGGGCUACAAGGAGAUGUUUGACGGCGGUAUCGUCACCGUCUGGUCGGCUCCCAACUACUGCUACCGCUGCGGAAACGUCGCUGCUAUUCUUGAGCUCGGCGAGGACACCAGCAGCGGAGGCACUGUAACAAGAAGUAACGGCGACAUGGGCCGGAGUAACGGUAUCCUAACCAGCGCCACGGAGAAAGCACCGCUGCGCAGCCCUGGGCGAAGAUACAGAGUCUUUGAAGCCGCCGCGCAGGAUACGAGGGGUAUGCCCGCGAAGAAGCCCGUUGCUGAUUAUUUCCUGUGAUACCCUGCCGCUUAUUCUCAAUCUUCAAGUUCCAUUAUAUAUGCCGGCUUCUUCGUGUCUCAUCUACUUUCUCUUCGCUUCCUUACUACCUCUACCUACCGCCCUCUCUCCACCCUGACCCAACAUCCUUCUACGUAUUUGUUUUUCUACAUCUUAUUCUGUGGAUUCUGGUUUCCCUUCUCUCCAGCGGUUUCUUUGACUUGAUUCGAUUUGGUAACGACUUUAUAUAUGUAAACUGGCUUCUCCUAACUCACUUAGCUUGUUCUUCUGAGGGACGAAUUGAAAUGAGAUCUCGCGACGUGGUGAACCAGUUUUAUCUAAACUUCAAAGUGCCCGAAUAUCAAGUAAGUUCUCUGUCAGAAACGCCGGUACGUAGUCAUAAGAGUUGCCUAAGCAUAUAAGUACAAUUGAACUAUGUUGGCUGCCCUACGGUGGUUCAGGAUAGGUAUCAGCUACGCCAGGUAUCAAAUUAG